AUGCCCCUUUCCGCUGCAGGCAGUCUUGUUAGGCACAUGAGAUUACAUACUGGCGAAAAGCCGUAUCAGUGUGAUGGGUGUGAUAAACGUUUUAGUGAUAAAUCCUACCUCAGAAAUCACAAAAGAUAUUAUGAUACGGCCUUAUCUUCUGAUGAAUUUACGUUUCAGUUUUUAACAUGUAAAAAAUACUGCUGGUUGGUAGCCAGAGUGUGGUCAUCGGUGACCAUCAUCAACGCUACUCAUCUUACCCCGCCAUACGAUCAGUGCCAAGGGGUGGACGGGUCGACCAGUGGAGGCGGCCCUAGGGACGGCGAGGUGCAGCCCGAGCAGCGCGACGAGGAAGUGGCGCCUCGUUCCGGCGACGCAACCAGGCAGGGCGGCUCUACCGUCCGGUGUGGAACCAGCGACGCUCAGCCGGCGCAGAACAAACAGCAGGACGACCAGAAGGCCUCGCGGGUGCUGCGGAAGAAGAAGCUCGGCCGGAAGUACACCGGCAGCGGGAGCGGAAGUAGAAGCAAUCCCAGUGGCGCUCUGCAGGCGAACUCGCGCGGGCGCACCGGAGGGGCCUUCAAAUGCGAAGUCUGCGAGAAGAGUUUUGCAUGGGCUAGGCAUCUAAAGACGCACAAAAUGUACCACACUGGUGAAAAACCAUUUAGCUGUGACCUGUGUGCAAUGUGUUUUACUGAGAAGGGAACUCUUGUCAAGCACAUGAGGACACACACUGGUGAAAAGCCAUUCAAGUGUGAUGUAUGUAGUAUGCGUUUUACUAGGAAAGGCACUCUUGUCAAGCACAUGAGAUUACAUACUGGCGAAAAGCCGUACAAGUGUGACGUAUGUAAAAUGCGUUUUACUCAGAAAGGCACCCUUAUCAUUCACAUGAGGACACACACUGGUGAAAAGCCAUUCGAGUGUGACGCAUGCAGAAUGCGUUUUACUGAGAAAGGCACGCUUGUUGCUCACAUGAGGACCCACACUGGUGAAAAGCCAUUUAAGUGUGACAUAUGCAAAAUGUGUUUCACUAAAAAAUGUAAUCUUGUCGUUCACAUGAGAGCACACACUGGUGAAAAGCCAUACAAGUGUGAUGUGUGUAACAAGGCUUUUAGUCAGAAAUCAAAUCUUAAUACACACAAAACAACUUGUAUUUUUAUUUGA